AUGGGUCACGCGCUACUCACAAGGCCCCUACUGCCCACCCUCAAGAAGACUGCCGCAACCACCAGCCCGCCUCAAGACGUCCGCAUUAUCAGCGUUGCCUCUUCUGAAGAAACCAGAUCUCCUGCCACCGACACCUAUGAUUUUAACAAGCUCAAGACAGACAUGGCCUCCACAUCCACGCUUAUCCGCUAUGGUAUCUCGAAAGUCGCCAACGUCCACCAUGCCCGUGCUCUCUCCCGCCACCACCUAGAGAUCCGCUCCAUCUCGCUCCACCCAGGCGUUGUCGAUACCAACCUCAAGAGUGGAAUAGGUGCUAGUUAG